GCAACAUCAACUCCAGCCUUUCAACAUGUCCACAGAUCCCAGCUCCUUCCGGUCAUUUUCAACAGUCCAACCAGCGCGCUCACCACGCUCAUCGCCUCGUCCACAAUUUCAAACCCAGCCUCAAGAUGAACUACCCGCAGAACAGCAGCCUGAAGAAGCAUCAGACGACGACGAAAUACCAUAUCCAGAACCCAGUUCCGAACAAACCCUCUUACCACCUCCAAACCUCAGACCAUUCUUCACUCUCAUAGAAGACAUAUCGUCGGGCGAGUACUACCAUCCAUAUGUCCAUUAUGUCUUCGCGGAUGACGAUCCGGUCAUGGUAACCGCUGCAUCCAUGCGAAGUCUGGGCUUGGAUGAUACAAAGUACCUGCCCCAGAUCACGCCAGAAGGCGAAGAUGGGCAGCAAGUGGCAGAGCACGAUGAGCCAGAUUCACAGGUCGAAUCUCCCCUUCCGCCGCCCAUACCGGGCGUCCGGGAACACUACCUCAUAGUCGACGUUGGCGCCGAUGGACGCUCGAUCGUAGAUGCAAAAUCGCUGUCGUCAAAGUGGCAGACGACCGUUGUCAGUACACGGACGACUCCUUCUUUUGACGAGAGCGAGCCAGACCAGGGGUAUAUGAUUCGGAUUGAAGGCGUGGAGGUAGCAGGCAGGAGUAAAGGCAAGGACAAGGGUCAGCCUGGUGAUGACAAACUAAGCAAGGCGAGAGAACAGAGUCAGGGGGAUGUUUUUGAAGCUUUGGAUUCUUUGGUUCAAGGUAUUGAGGGGGGCUUGGAGGUGGCUGGGAACAUUGCCGGUAAGGGGCUGAAAGAGAGUGAAGAGGUGGGCGAAGCAGAUGUGGCGUAUGAUCUCGAAGGGACUCAGUGACCUGUAGACAGACUUGUUCAUUUGUAUUGUAACAGCGUGGCGUUGAUCAGAUUGGGCUAGAAGUAUAUGUAUGAAUACCUUUUGCAGCUAUCAUCGAUGUAGGUCCUGUGGUUUCCUAGUAAACCAGUAAUCGGAAUU